GCCUGGAAGCGCUGGGGCUGCGAGGCAAGGGGCCGGUGGUAGUCAGAGGUCUCCGCAGGCAUGGCUCCCGACGUCUCAGCGGACGAACUGCCCCCGAAGUGCCCUAAGGGCAUCCGGGCCGUGCUGCUGGGGCCGCCCGGGGCUGGCAAGGGUACUCAGGCACCCAAACUGGCCGAAAACUUCUGUGUCUGCCAUUUGGCUACUGGGGACAUGCUGAGGGCCAUGGUGGCUUCUGGCACAGAGCUAGGAAAAAAGUUAAAAGCAACAAUGGAUGCUGGGAAACUGGUGAGUGAUGAAAUGGUGGUGGAGCUCAUUGAGAAGAAUUUGGAGACUCCUUCAUGCAAGAAUGGCUUUCUUUUAGAUGGCUUCCCUCGGACUGUGAGGCAGGCAGAAAUGCUCGAUGACCUCAUGGAGAAGAGGAAAGAGAAGCUUGAUUCUGUGAUUGAAUUCAGUAUCCAAGACUCUCUGCUCAUCCGGAGAAUCACAGGAAGGCUGAUUCACCCCACGAGUGGCCGUUCCUACCACGAGGAGUUCAGCCCCCCAAAGGAGCCCAUGAAAGAUGAUAUCACUGGGGAACCUUUGAUUCGCCGAUCAGAUGAUAAUGAGAAGGCCUUGAAAAUCCGCCUGGAGGCCUACCAUACUCAGACCACCCCACUGGUGGACUACUACCGGAAACGGGGCAUCCACUGUGCCAUCGAUGCCUCCCAGACCCCUGACAUCGUGUUUACAAGCAUCCUAGCAGCCUUCUCCAAAGCCACAUGUAAAGACUUUGUUAUGUUUAUCUAAAAUUGGGUCCCAAAAGAAAUUUCUUUCUUUUUUCUGUCCCUGUUGAGGAGGGGUAGGAAUGACAGGAGAGGCAGAGGAAAGCUUAGGCCAGCAAGAGUAUCGUUUGAUGUAUCGAUUAAAGAAGUACUUGCUCGAUGUAUCUUUGGUAUGUGUGCAGCUCUCAUCUCAUCUGUGUGUGUACGUGUGUCAGUAUAAUUAUGUGUAUACUCUCCUACUUUCUGAGUUACAGGCUAGGUUGCUUUACCAGCAGUUUACUUCUUACGCCACACUCUUGGUUUCAUUGUGUGACCAAAAUAAACUAACCCAGGUAUCUGCCAGGCACUACAAAUCCAAAACCUCAUGGUAUUUAUUCCAUCUCCAGCAGCUGACAAGGAAAAGCCCAGAAUCACAUGAAGUCCUGCAGAGUCAGAGGUCCUGAUAGCAGUUUGUUAGCAGGGAAUUCCACUUGUUUUCUAGCCCACAGUGAAAAGCCACAUGAGUCAGUGUGUAGACAGGGAUCAUUAAUUUUUUUUUUCCCUAAAUGGAAGAAAAAAGGCACUUAAUCACACAUUCCAGGAAUCACUGGGAAAGGUAUCACCAUAGAGAGAGCCAGGCCAAAUUGGAAUAUUUUUGUGAUCUUUGUCACGGUGCUGUAUAGUAGGGAUCAUCUGGGACCAGUGUUUGAAAACUGAAUUGUUGCCAAAGAGUUAAACCAGGUGAAAAGUUCUUUUGAAUUCACAUAAUCAUCUGAACAUCCAGGCUGGGCAUCUGAGAACAGCCAAAUCCAUUUCCCCAAAGAGUAGCCAGAGUGGGUUUGUUUGUUUUAAUUUUUAGGUUUGCCUCUGUUUCCAAACCGGAACAAAGCAGUGAUUUAAAAGUAACUUAUUCUUGAAUUCAUUUUGAUCAGGAUUUGGUCAAUCCCAGUCUCUCUCUAGGAUGUGAAACCCAAGUUAGUAUUGUUUCUUUUAAACCCAACCCCUUUCCCUUCCAGAUAUAAUCAUUCACCUCUUACUUCAUGAUGGAAAUGGCCAUAGACAGCCCCUGAAAAGAACUCACCUGUGACAGUAAUUGGCUUUUAUUCCUAACCUCAGCUCCCCAACCAUUAAGCAUUUUCUAGGGUCUGUGAUGGAAACCCUGGUGGCAUAGUAGUUAAGUGCCACAGUUGCUAACCAAAAGGUCAGCAGUUUGAAUCCACCAGGCGCUCCUUGGAAAUUCUAUGGGGCAGUUCUAGUCUGUCCUAUGGGGUUGCCAUGAGUUGGAAUCGACUCAACGGCCACAGAUUUGGUUUGGUUAUGUUGUAGGGUCCAUGUUGUGCCCUUUUGUCUCUGGCUUUGAUUUGUGGCAGACAGAUGAGUUAAUAGAUUGCUGUGAGGGACCAAAAAAAAUAGCAGCCCUGGAAAAACCAUUAGAAAGUCAUUGGCAGGUCCAGGAAAUAAUGCUGCCUGCCUCAGCAUAACCUGCUGACUCAGUGGAAUGGAUUCUAAAGUGCCCAGUCCUCGUCUGACAUGAGCUCUCCUGCUGUCGGUGGGGCCACCAGAGGGCUUACUCCUGUCCACGUGAGCUGGGCAUGGGUACGUGGCCUUGCUUUCCUCUUUCUGUGCCCCAAGUGAGUGUCUGUUGGCUCUGCUCUGCCUUGUUUCUCUGGCUGUAAACUGACUCUGCCCAUUCUCAACGGAAAUCUAGUCUGGUAGUGCGUGUUUCUGGGAAGCACAUGACUUCUGGGAAUAGGCAGGACAGAGGAGUGAAACCAAAACUAUCAGCUAUGCCUGCAGAGAACUGAGAAGGAUAUCCUUCUCUGGGUGAGGGUGGCCUCAUGAAUCUCGGAGUUGACUCCCUUUGACAGGAGUCAGCUACAGGCACUUGGCCUCAAGGUUGAGGACCCUGCGUGUUAAUUGAAUGUGCAUAAUUCUUGCUCAAAUAUUUGUCAUCCACCCACAUACAUUCGCAUAUGCGUGUGCACACACGUGUGUGUGUGUGAUGGGCUGCCAGCAAGAACUAAAAGAUCACUGGAUGCAUGUGCCCUUCUCGGGGUGGUUAGUAUUAGAUUUUUGCUUCAUUUAGCUCCAGAUUCUUAACCUCAGCAGGCAUGAGUGCUUUCACCUGGCAGAGAAAUGUCCAGUGUUUAAUGCAUUUGGUUGCUGGGGCAUGCAUGCCAGCCUUCUCUGAAUUUAUUUGGUUUUUAAAAACCCAUUUUGUUCUCUCUUGUUUCCUCUCUA